CACCACUAUACAUCUGUUGGACACGCUCGCGUACGGCUAUAGCUUAUUAUUGGAGCACCGCUGGGCGGGACAGGUUCUAUACCAAAGCACUCGACAGGUGCUUGAUGCUGCUGCCAGCGGAGAAGAUGUCGUGGUGAGAUGAUGUUAUGCUCGCAGUCAACGACGGUUUCCUGACAAGGACUGACAACAGCAGCAGCAGCAGCAACAACAACAAUAACAACAACAACAACAACGUCAACAACAACAACAACCCGAGUUGUAAAUCUUUGACUUUGGAAAUUGUAAGGUUUCGGAUGGAUUAGAAAUACAGACAGGCUGAAUUAUAUUUCUUGUAUGUGUGGAUGUGUUUUGGCUGGGAUUAUUCCUGGACCUGCACUGGUUCAACCCGAUUUUUAUUCAUAACUGAAAUAUCAGGACACGUGUGACAUCAUGGAGCCUCCUCGUCUCCUGAAGACGUUUCUGUACAUAAUUACUUUCUUAGCUUUAUUGAUGAUCGUCAACAUAUUAACGUCUGUAAACUACCUCUAUACAAUCAUCAACGUAUCGCAGGUGUCGUUGGUUAGCUCUGGGAAGACGUCAUUCAUUGGAAGGGACGCCCCGCAUAACGCAAACCUCUCGUUUGCUUCUUUGAAAAGAGUUCAAGGCAAUGCUUUGAAUGUAACCACCAAGCCGCUUUUCACAUCUACUAAACCGGUUGUGACAAGUACGAAACCGGUUGUGACAAGUACGAAACCGGUUGUGAAAAGUACUCCUGCACCCGGAGUCCGUCAGGAUGUGUGCGCAGAUUGCUUCGUCCAUAACUUCACAUACUUAAUCCAGAACACAGCGAUCUGCAGCCAAUCCCCCAAUGUUACGAUUGACUUAUUUAUUGUGAUCCUCACGAUACAUAGCGACAGAAAACAGAGGGAUAAUAUUCGUGCCACGUGGGCCUCGACCUCCAAAAACAACACCGGAAACGUGAGGUACGCCUUCCUUUUGGGAAAGAUUAAUGACGAGAAGAAGAUGUUGCCCGUGUAUAAUGAAAGUGCCGAGUUUGGGGAUUUGAUCAUGGAGGAUUUCCACGAUUCCUACGCUAACCUAACCUACAAGACAAUUAUGGGCAUGAAGUGGGCUACUUUAUACUGCGCACGGGCAAGGUUCUUCAUGAAGACAGACGACGAUAUGUGGGUCAAUGUACCGGAAAUGAUCAAAUUGUUGAACCAAAAAGAGGCUGUCCUUCAAAAGGUUGUGGGAGGAUCUUGUCAUUUGGCUGCUGGACCAAUCAGAGACCAGAGAUCCAAAUGGUAUGCCAGUUUUAAGAGCUAUCCUCACAAGACCUACCCAGGAUUUUGUUCUGGGACCGGAUACGUGACCAGUAUGGCCGUGACCAAAAAGCUAUACGAAGUGUCUGCUAAUGUGCCAUUCUUUCACUUGGAGGACGUGUAUAUUGCGCUGUGCAUUAGGAAACUAGGAAUGACAUUGCUGCCUCUUCCUGGCUUCCACAAUUAUAGGACAGCCUUGGAUCCUUGUCAAAUGAGGUCGUCUAGAAUUCUGACCAGUCACGAAGUCCCAACUGACUUCUUACAGAAGGUGUGGGCUGCCAAGUGUUAGACGUGUUGAAGCACUGCAGUGUCAGACACCUGACACUGCAUCAAGUGCGACAACCCCAA